AAAUUCAGCCUAAACUUGAGCUAUCGACCCAAUUAUACAUGAUUGAGAAAUUCGUAAUAGUACGGUAGAUGUAUUGAUUCAAAAAGGUAAUGUGAGAAAGAGACUUUUUGAGGUGGUUUAUUAGAAUUAGCCCUUUAAUCUUAUACGGGGACCAACCGUCUUAAACCGGGCUCUCUAAAUUGUUCCCACAUCCACCCAAUGUAAGGAAGGAAAGAAAACCGUCUUCUGGUCCACGUGGCAACCUCACUUCUCGUAUGGGAUGUGGCGUCAAAUUCCCCACCUUUCCCAUUCUUCAUCCGUCUCCCUCUCUUUCUUCCCCCUCCAGACAAGAAAUUCCCAGUUUUUCUGUAUCUCUCAAUUCCCGACGGGAGAAUCCUUCCCUCAGAUUCCUCUUCCUUUCCCUCUCUCGGUUUUUUGUUAGUGUGCAGAAUGCCCGGCGAGACAUCAGUCAUCUACUUUUCCACGCUUUCCUCAAUUUGUCUCCCCAAAGAUACAACUAUUCUUGCCUCCUCCUCUUCACUCUCCGCUCUUUCUAAAUUCCCAUCUUUUAGUAGUAAACAAUUACCUCUUCGGUCGUUCCGCUUCGUCCCAAAAGCCUCAGGUUCGGGCCACUUUCUAGGCGAUGACGCCUUUGGACACUAUCCCUGGGAAUCCUCCUCUGAUUCUGGCGACUCAUCCAUUCAAUGGGUUCCCGAAGAGAGAGUCACAUUAUUCACUGCUGAUGGGCUUAUUCAAAUAGGAGGAAAUCUGGUGCCACGGCGAAUUACUUCCGGUGACAAGAAGUAUGAAAAGAUUAAAACAUUACAAAGAAUCCAACGGUUUCAAGAAAGUGAUUAUAUGGAUCCUAGUCAAGGCUUGUGCUUGGGUGCUCUCUUUGAUAUUGCAGCAACAAAUGGACUUGACACGGGUAGAAGGCUUUGUAUUUUUGGCUUCUGUCGUUCCGUUGAGAUGCUCAGUGAUGUCGUUGAAGACACUGUGUUGGAGCAUGGUGGAGAGGUUGUUGCCGCAGAAAAAGCAAGCAAAGGCGGUCUGCAUGAAAAGCUAACCAUGACUGUUGCUGUACCCCUACUUUGGGGUGUUCCCCCAGCCUCAGAAACACUCCACCUUGCAGUUCGGAGUGGUGGAGGGAUUGUGGAGAAGGUAUAUUGGCAGUGGGACUUUGUGUAGAUGAAUUACUGGCUCCUCUGACCAUUGUUUGUAGUUGUACAUAAUAUCAUCUGCUUCUAUGUAUAGGACAAUUCAAGAUGUACAUUUGAUGUCAAUAUGAUUCCCCUCAUUGUUUGCAGUGAUAUUUUUAUGUUUGUCAGCGCUUC